GAGCAACACUGCCGCGUUUGUGCCUGUCAUUCUCCAUUCGCUUUAUUUUUCCUUGUGUAUUGUUAAUAGCAGCUGAAAGCACAAUGUUUAAUAACGGCAUUGUUCAACCACUCUGGUAUAAUGGACCCUCGCCCGGGCAGUUCUACAACUUUCCGGGAUAUGCCAACAAUGGAAAUAUGAAGCAAUGCCACGAAACUAACAAUUCAGACUCUACGCGCAGCACUGCUAUGAUCACCACAGGCUCAUCGGUAUUGGGCAUCAAGUUCGACCAAGGCGUCUUGAUUGCCGCCGACACACUCGUCUCAUAUGGAUCGCUAUCGCGUUUCCAGAACAUCGAUCGCAUCUUUAAGAUAAACGACAACAUAAUAAUGGGUGGUGGUGGCGAUUUUGCUGACAUACAGUCCAUUAUGCGCAGCAUCGAUCAGAAGAUGAUUGAAGAUCAGUGCUACGCUGAUAACAUCGCGAUGCGCCCCAAGGCGUUGGCUACAUGGAUGACUCGUGUGCUUUAUAACCGUCGCUCACGCAUGAAUCCACUCUUUAUCGAUGUGGUAAUUGGCGGUAUUGAUGAGAACAAUGAGCCCUAUUUGGCCAAUGUUGAUUUGCGUGGCCGUGCCUUUUCCGAUUAUGUGGUCUCUACAGGAUUUGCGCGCCACUUGGCCUUGCCAUUGGUGCGAGAGAAAAAGCCCGCAGAUCGGGACUUUACCCUUGAAGAGGCUUCUGAAUUGAUACGUCAAUGCAUGGAGGUUUUGUAUUAUCGUGAUACUAAAAACAGUUCUCAAUACACUGUGGGCGUUUGUAAAGUUAAAGAUUCAACAUCUAAUCAAUGUGAUGUUGAGGGUCCCUUCCAGGUCGACGAAAAAUGGAGUUUCGCCAAAAUGGUCAAGGGUUAUUAAGUGUGUUGAAGUGGUGGGGCUUUUCUAUAUAUAAUUCAUUUGUAAAUUAAGUCGCUACACAGAUGUGCGAGUUUUGUAAACCAAUAAAAAUAAUCCGAUGGAUAACUUAUUUCAA